AUGGUGGCGAGCGUGCGGGUGCAGAAGCUGGUGCGGCGCUACAAGCUCGCGAUCGCCACGGCGUUGGCUAUCCUGCUGCUGCAGGGCCUGGUGGUGUGGAGCUUCAGCGGCCUGGAGGAGGACGAGCCAGGCGAGAAAGGAAGACAGAGGAAGCCACGGCCGCUGGACCCUGGCGAGGGCUCCAAAGACACAGACAGUUCGGCUGGGCGCCGAGGCAGCGCGGGACGAAGGCAUGGGCGCUGGCGAGGCCGUGCUGAGAGCCCUGCGGUACCGGUGGCCAAGGUGAUGCGGGCAGUAACCAGCCGGCACAGAGCUAGCCGCCGGGUGCCGCCUGCCCCGCCCCCAGAGGCCCCCGGCCGCCAGAACCUUAGUGGAGCGGCAGCUGGGGAGGCGCUAGUAGGGGCUGCUGGCUUUCCACCCCACGGAGACACAGGGAGCGUGGAGGGUGCGCCCCAACCCACGGACAAUGGCUUCACCCCCAAGUGUGAAAUCGUGGGCAAGGACGCGCUGUCCGCACUGGCCCGGGCCAACACCAAGCAGUGCCAGCAGGAGAUCGCCAACGUGGUGUGCCUGCACCAGGCCGGGAAGCUUAUGCCCAAGGCUGUGCCCCGGCACUGCCAACUGGCAGGGAAGAUGAGCCCCGGCAUCCAGUGGGAUGAGAUCCGGGCCCAGCAGCCUGCGGACGGCCCCCCAGUCCGCAUCGCCUACAUGCUGGUGGUCCAUGGCCGUGCCAUCCGCCAGCUGAAGCGGCUCCUGAAGGCGGUGUAUCAUGAACAGCACUUCUUCUAUAUCCACGUGGACCAGCGCUCCAACUACCUGCACCGAGAGGUGGUGGAGCUGGCCCGGCACUAUGACAAUGUACGGGUGACGCCUUGGCGCAUGGUCACCAUCUGGGGUGGCGCCAGCCUGCUGAGGAUGUACCUGAGGAGCAUGCGGGACCUGCUGGAGGUGCCUGGCUGGGCAUGGGACUUCUUCAUCAACCUCAGUGCCACUGACUACCCAACCAGAACCAACGAAGAGCUGGUGGCUUUCCUGUCCAAGAACCGGGACAAGAAUUUCCUCAAGUCACAUGGCCGGGACAACUCUAGGUUCAUCAAGAAACAGGGCCUGGACAGGCUCUUCCACGAGUGCGACUCACACAUGUGGCGUCUGGGAGAGCGGCAGAUCCCGGCAGGCAUCGUGGUGGACGGUGGCUCUGAUUGGUUCGUGCUGACACGCAGCUUCGUGGAGUACGUGGUGUACACGGAUGAUCCACUCGUAGCCCAGCUGCGCCAGUUCUACACGUACACUCUGCUCCCGGCUGAGUCCUUCUUCCACACGGUGCUGGAGAACAGCCCAGCCUGCGAGAGCCUUGUGGACAACAACCUGCGAGUGACCAACUGGAACCGCAAGCUGGGCUGCAAGUGCCAGUACAAGCACAUCGUGGACUGGUGCGGCUGCUCACCCAACGACUUCAAGCCCUCGGACUUCCUGCGGCUGCAGCAAGUCUCCAGGCCCACUUUCUUUGCCCGGAAGUUCGAGUCCACUGUGAACCAGGAGGUCCUGGAAAUCCUAGAUUUUCACCUGUAUGGCAGCUACCCCCCAGGCACGCCAGCCCUCAAGGCCUACUGGGAGAACACCUACGACGUGGCCGACGGGCCCGGUGGGCUCAGCGACAUCAUGCUCACUGCCUACACUGCCUUUGUCCGCCUCAGCCUGCGCCACGUCGCCACCUCCACACCCCCUCCAGCCACCUCACUCUGUAGGUUUGAGCCCAGGGGCUUGCCGUCCAGCGUGCACCUGUAUUUCUAUGACGACCAUUUCCAGGGCUACCUGGUGACGCAGGCGGUGCAGCCCUCCGCCCCGGGGCCGACAGAGACGUUGGAGAUGUGGCUGAUGCCCCAGGGAUCGCUGAAGCUGGUGGGGCACAGUGACCAGGCGAGCCGGCUCCAAAGCUUGGAGGUUGGCACUGAGUGGGACCCCAAAGAACGUCUGUUCCGGAACUUUGGGGGACUGAUAGGGCCACUGGACGAGCCUGUGGCCAUGCAGCGCUGGGCCCGGGGCCCCAACCUCACAGCCACCGUGGUCUGGAUUGACCCAACCUACGUGGUAGCCACGUCUUAUGACAUCACUGUAGACGCGGAGACCGAGGUCACACAGUACAAGCCCCCGCUGAGCCGACCCCUGCGGCCAGGAGCCUGGACCGUCCGACUGCUCCAGUUCUGGGAGCCUGUGGGCGAGACCCGUUUCCUCGUGCUGCCCUUGACCUUCAACCGCAAACUACCUCUCAGGAAAGAUGAUGCCACCUGGCUGCACGCCGGGCCACCCCACAACGAGUACAUGGAGCAGAGCUUCCAGGGCCUGAGCGGCAUCUUGAACCUGCCUCAGCCUGAGCCUGUGGAGGCCACGAAGCGGCGCACAGAGCUCACGGGACCUGCGCUGGAGGCCUGGACAGACAGGGAACUGAGUGGCUUCUGGUCUGUGGCUGGACUGUGUGCCACGGGUCCCUCCACGUGCCCCUCACUAGAGCCCUGCAGACUGACCAGCUGGAGCUCUUUGUCCCCCGACCCCAAAUCAGAGCUGGGGCCUGUCAAAGCAGACGGGCGACUCAGGUAG